AAUAUUUUGGAAUUUUGCAGUAUAUCUGUUGUAUCUGUAAAAAUACUAUUUUUUCUACUUGAUGUAGAUCAGAAAAUUUGACUAUGAGUUCUGCAUUUGCUCACCGUGUUACCAAAAUAAUAUAUAACAAAACCAAGAGGCGGAUCAUAGCUGGAGCUCUUUUCAGCAGUUUGAUACUGAAAAACUCACUGAAGCAUAUAUUUCCUGAUGACUUCUUUUUACCUUUUUAUGGAUUUGCAUCCCCAUCCCUUAUGCAAGCAUCAAAACUUUUGAAUCAAGUAAAAAGAGAUGCAGGGAUCAAGCCUGGAGAGUUACAUACCACCCCUUUUAUAGCACGUACUACCGAUGUUGUCAGUGCUGGAUUUUCAGCUUUUGAUCUUGGACAAAGUCAUAUUGGCAUACCUUGUUCAUAUUUUUGCGACUCAGUCGAAGAAAUAUCUCGAAUGGAUAUAUGCAAGAAUAAAAAUUUGAGUCGAUUAAGUUUAUCGAAACCAGUUGUUUUCGAAAAAAUUGAUGAAAGUGAAGUAAAACUCAUGAAAAGCUUGUUGUUGUCUGAUGAUGCCAAACGAUUUGCUAUUGCAAGGCAUCUAUCAUACAUUCAAAGAAACUGGGCAAUUUAUCAAGCAUUGAUUCCUUCAGCAUUUGUAAUCGUUGGGUAUUUUACAUCUAUAUAUUCACCUAAGCUGCUCUUUCUAAGGGGUGUACCUGUUUCAUUAAAACAAAUUUUGAGUAUGGUAUUUGCUGGUGCAUUUUUGUCUUACAUUUUGUGUAAAUUAACAAAAGCUGCUUUAAGUCGUAAAAUAAAUCAAUUAGCCGACAUUGAUGCAGCUAAGAUUUCUCCACGUUACGCAAAAGGUGGUGUUGAAUUAUUCAAUAAAUUGGGUGAGACUAAUCAAUCUCUUAGAGUUCUUCUAGGGAAAAAAGGUGAAGUGAUGUAUACUGCUGAUGGAGACGUAAAGCAAGGUUUACUUAAACCAUUUGAUCCCGUUGGUCCUAGUUUCACAGAUAGGAAAAAGUAUUUGAAUGAUAUUUUAUUGUCCUUUUCUGAAACUGAUCAUGAAUUGCAUAAAAACUUGUAGAAUCUAUGGAAAAAAUGUUGUAUAUACUCAGAGAAGAGAAGAGAUGUUAUGGAUAAUUGGUCUUGUGUUGCUUAUUUCUAUGAAUUUAGUCAUAUUAAAUUUUGAGUAUCAUUCUAAGGAUAAUGAAUAUAAGUACA